AUGGCGAGUGGUUUUUGGGUAUUCAGUAUGACCGAAAGGGCGAGACUAAUCUCAGCGUUCGUUACGCCACUGGGAUUAUUUGAAUGGCUUCGGAUGCCUUUUGGGCUUAAGAAUGCGCCUCAGAUAUAUCAAAGGUUGUUGGAUAAUGCGUUAUAUGGAUUCUUACGGAUUUCGCCAGGGGCGGCCACAGAGGAAACAAAGGAUUUGUUCGCAACAGGGGAACCCGAUGCAAAAUCGGGCCUCUCAAUUGCCGUCAAGAGUACGUGGGGAUAUCGGAAGGUCGAGUAUCUUGGACAUCGAGUUUCCAAAGGGGGACUAGAGGCCCACCCAAAAGAUCUUCAGUCUUUGGUCGACCUACCUCUACCGACAACGCUGAAGGCUAUGCAGUCCUUUCUAGGAAGCCUAAAUUACUACAGCAGGUACAUCGAAGAUUAUGCCAUAUACGCGUCGAUCCUUUACGAACUGAGAGAGGUGGAUUUUCACGCUUGGAGGUGCAAAUGGAAGGCUAACGAGGAAGUGACGGCCCAGGAAGACGACGAAGAAAAAUGGUCGAAGGUACAAGUAGCGUUUGCCAUGCUCAAGAACAAGAUUGCUACAGCGUCCAUCCUACGACAUUUCGACCCGGCUAGAGAGGCGGUCAUCAUUGUCUACGCAAGUGAUUGGGCUAUCUCGGCGUCGUUGGUGCAGAAUUACGACGGCCUGUAUAUGCCGGUAAUGUUUACGAGCCGAACCCUCAAGUCAAACGAGGUGAACUAUAGCACAGUGGAAAAGGAAGUGUUGGCGUUGUUACGAAUAUUGGAAACUUGCUUCACGAUGUUGGUCACCCGACCUCUCAAGGUUCUGACGAGGCAUUCUACACUAGCCUGGCUAGUGAAGUCUUCGGGGUUGCAAGUUCGCUUAGGAAACUGGGCCGCUCUGUUGUCACAGUGGACUUUGGAGAUUGUGAAAUGCAAGAAAGGCGAGGACCAGGUACUGGGGGCGUUAGCAGCCAGCAUCACGCCUCGAAAGAAUGUGGACUCCAUUCUGUCGUCAAUUGCUCCCAAGAAGCAGUCCAGGCAAGUGGCCGACCUACCGACGCCCACAGUGGAACUAAAUGAAGAACUGUAUGUGAUGAGUUUCGAUGGGUCGGCCCGGGUGAAACAAGGGGGAGGCGCCUGCAGCGCUAUUGUGUGGAGACUCCCUGCAUGGACUAUAGUCGCAGCUGCGUCGAAAUAUCUCGACAAGUCUACGGUGAAUGAAGCUGAAUAUGAGGGCAUGUUACUGGGUUUUGACCUGUUGGAGCCAAUGGAGCGACGGCGUUUGAUUAUUUGUGGAGACUCCAAUCUGGUUAUAAGACAGAUGCGUGGAGAGAUUGAAUGCAAAGCUUCAGGUUUUUCCCCGUUGCGGGCCAAGGCGUUGAGUAAGCUCCAGUCGUGGUCCACCCACGCAGUAUACAUGUGA